AUGUCUCUAAUUCAAUUUCCAGAGAAUUUCCACUCCUUGCGAGAUCAAACCGUCGUCAUUACAGGCGGAGCAAGUGGAAUUGGAGAAGCCUUUGUUCGACUUGCCUGUGAGAACGGAGCACACGUCGUCUUUGGAGACCUACAAGACGAGCUGGGCGGCAAGGUAGCUCUGGAGACUGGGGCGACAUUCGUCAAGACCGAUGUUUCCAAAUACAAGGAGCUGCUGCGACUGUUUGACGAAGCGUACAAGAAGCAUGGAGCUGUGGAUCAUGCCAUUGCCAAUGCGGGCAUAUAUGAGCCCAAGGGCCUGUUCGACCCGUCGACAGAUCUACAGAGCCUCGACCAGGAGCCACCCACUAGCAUCGUGGACGUGAACUUGCGCGGUGUGUUAUUCUUUGCCCACAUCGCAGCAGUCUACCUGCGGCAAGGCGAUUCUGCGCAUCGAAACAAGUCAUUGACCUUGGUUUCGUCGACGGCUGGAAUCUUAUGUCCAGCUGAGACGCCUUUGUACAACACCACAAAGUCCGGUGUGUUGGGACUGUCACGCAGCCUAGCGGGCUCUCUCGCGACUACACACGGGAUCCGUGUCAAUGGGAUGUGCCCAUCUGUCACCGCCACCCCUUUGUCCGCGCUGCACGUUCUCCCUGUCUUUGAGUCUCUUCAGCUCCCUGUCAACUCAUCACACGACGUGGCAAAGGUCCUGGCUGGAUUGUGUAUUGGUGAGGAGUGGAAUGGUAAGAUCCUGUACGUCGAAGGAGGGAAAGCCUGGGACAUCGAGGAGGGACUGACUCGCACGAGACCCGAAUGGCUCGGCGCUUCUGUUCUCAAGACGCUCGACAAGAUCACUGAGUACCGAGCGCAAGCUAGAGAUACAAAGUAA